AUGGAAAAGAGAACUUUGAAAUACUUUCUAGAUAAUAAAAAUUUCACAAAGCUGCCGCAGAAGCGCCAAAAAAAGAAGGAAAGCAUACUGCAGGUCGUGAACGACCAAAUAGUCAUAAGUUUAGAUGCACCUGGCCUUUUGAAGAAGAAAUCGUGACAUCAUAUACGUACAUGAAGAACAAGGGAAAUAGAAAGAGAUGGAAUAGGGAGGAGAAUGAUCUUUUCUACAGUGCUUUGGAGUGCUGUGGCCUUGAUUUUUCAAUUAUGAAUCUUCUUUUUCCAGAUCGCACAAGAAGUAAUCUGAAGGACAAAUACAAAAGAGAAUCAAAAGUUAAUACCCACAAAAUAGAGGAUGUGCUGAAUAGCUACAAGGGAUUUAACGUUGAGAAAUUUGAGAAGCUUAAAUCAUUUCUCAAAAAGCCUUUAGGGCCCGAUCAGGCAAGUGAAUGUGCGGAUGAGAUAGAAAAAUGA